CCAGCAUUAUCUGUGUGUUAUCAUCAGUCAUUCGGUGAACGAAACGCUCUUCGUAUCCCCAAAACAAAUUUAGAUAACCGAUAAAAGCAGAUACUCGAUCUUGCAUCCAUUAUUUUUUAUUUGGAAUAUCAACAAUCUAGCUGGCCUAUGUUGAAUUAAUUGCGUCCUUGAGUGACGUAGGUAGCUGGCUGUUCAUUUUGCAUUUAUUGCUUUCUAGGUAGCAAAGUUUCUUGCUCUUAACAAUGUGGCAUGUUGAAAUGUUCAACAAUCACGUUUCCGCUGUCACGCUGGGCUGUGACAAAUUCGGUUCGGCAAAACGGCAGAUUGGGUUUCAUUCAUACUCGCUGCAGUUUGGGGGAAGUGCAUAAUUCAUGAAUGAAGUACCUAGUUUCGAAAGUUUUAGAGUGUCUAUUUUGGUGAUUUUAUCUAUAUUGCUUUUAGCUUUAGUACUAGUGUGUCGUGCGUGUUGAGUGAAGUGAUUCGAAGGAGGUACCUGGUAAAUUUUGGCAACAUCCAAGGUACCAAGAUUGGUAGGACAUAGAUGAGGGACUCCCAUAGGCACAUGAUGUGGAGAAUAACAGUGAUCGUGCAUGAACGGGAGGUUGAGCUGAACCAUGGGUAAAGGAGCUAGCAAAUCGAAGAAACAAUACAAUCACCAUAAUUUUUCUUGGAGCAGAUUUAGUACACUUCGUUCAUCCAAGCCUCGUCUACCUAAAGAAAAUGGAGCUUUCAAUAAAAAGCACAAAGAUAUCUCGAUAUGGCUGCAGGACUUGGAGCUGGAAGAGUAUCAGGAAAAAUUCGAGAAAUUUCAGGGAGUGGAAGAUCUUUUGGAGUUCUCUGAGCAAGAUAUCAAGGAACUGGGAGUGAAGAAAUCUUCUCAUCGAGCUAGGAUUAUCAGUAGCCUAACCUGUCUGCAUGCCAAAUACCAUGAUAAUGGUAUCAGAAAUCCAAAAAUUCGGCAUAGUGUCACUGUGGAUACUAGAACCAGGAUCAAACAAGAAGAUACUUUGUGA